UCUAUAAAGGAUGCCGAAUGAGAGAAUUCCCGACUCAAGUCAAACUGAGGAGCAAGACUGUUUACAGAGUUGGUGUGUCAGUGAUAGUGAGAAAAUGACAGUUAAGCAAGAAAAUGAUGGUGAUGCAGAGAUGGAGGAAAGCCUCCCCUCUUGUUCCUCUGCUAAUGGGCCAUCCAUCUCCACGGAGGGGUGUCCAUGGGAAGUUCCGAGGAGAAGGCCGGCCCUGCUGCAUAUCGACAGACAUCAGAUCCAGGCGGUGGAGCCCAGUGCGCAGGCCCUUGAACUGCAGGGGUUGGGUGUGGACGUCUAUGACCAGGACGUGCUGGAGCAAGGGGUGCUUCAGCAGGUGGACAGUGCCAUCCAUGAGGCCAGCCAUGCUGCCCAGCUCCUUGAUGCAGAGAAGGAGUAUCAGUCAGUCCUGGAUGACCUUGCGUCAUGUACGACAUCCCUAAGGCAAAUCAAUAAAAUUAUUGAACAACUUAGCCCUCAAGCUGCCACCAACAGAGACAUCAACAGGAAACUAGAUUCUGUAAAACGGCAAAAAUAUAACAAGGAACAACAACUAAAGAAGAUCACAGCAAAACAGAAACGUCUGCAGGCCCUCCUUGGAGGAGUGGCGGUGAAAGCUGAACUAGAUCAUGCCAGUCUGGAGGAGGAGGAUCCAGAAGCGGGGCCGUCCUGCCUCGGCAGCAUGCUCAUGCCUACUCAGGAGACUGCUUGGGAAGAGCUCAUUCGCACUGGCCAGAUGACACCUUUUGGUACCCAGAUCCCUCAGAAACAGGAGAAAAAGCCUAGGAAACUAAUGCUUAAUGAAGCGUCAGGCUUUGAAAAGUAUUUGGCAGAUCAAGCAAAACUGUCUUUUGAAAGGAAGAAGCAAGCUUAUAAUAAAAGGGCGUCUAGGAAAACUCCAGCCUUGGUCACUUCUGAGCUGAGCCCAACACUCAGUGAAAACAAACCAAACAAGAGAAGCAAAGUUCUUUCAAAAACAGACAAGCGCUUGAAAAAGCACAUCAGGAAACUCCAGAAGAGGGCUCUUCAGUUCCAGGGGAAAGUGGGAUUGCCGAAGGGAAAGAAACACUUGGAGUCUGACGUGAGGCCAAAGGCAGAGGGAGAUUCUGAGGGUGAGGAGUCCGAGUACUUACCCACCGAGGAGGAGGAGCGGGAGGCGGCAGCAGAGGUGGACCUGUCUGCAGAAGGCACCGACUCUGAACUGGGGCCUGUGCUCAAGCGGCGGAAAUGGCAGAAGAAAAUCACAGUGCAGGAGAAUGAUGAUGAGAGUUUCGGGGAAGAAGCUGAAGCUGCCAAAGGAGGAGGAGGUCGGAAAGUAGUGAGAUGCCGUGACGAUGGAGAUGAAGAUUAUUAUAAACAGCGAUUAAGGAGAUGGAAUAAGCUGAGACUGCAGGACAAAGAGAAGUGUCUGAAGCUUGAAGAUGAUUCUGAGGAAAGUGAUGCUGAGUUUGAUGAAGGUUUUAAAGUGCCAGGUUUUUUGUUCAAAAAGCUUUUCAAGUACCAGCAGACAGGUGUUAGGUGGCUGUGGGAAUUGCACUGCCAGCAGGCAGGAGGAAUUCUGGGAGACGAAAUGGGAUUGGGCAAGACCAUCCAGAUAAUUGCCUUCUUGGCAGGUCUGAGCUACAGCAAGAUCAGAACUCGUGGUUCAAAUUACAGGUUUGAGGGGUUGGGUCCGACAAUCAUUGUCUGCCCUACGACAGUGAUGCAUCAGUGGGUGAAGGAAUUUCACACAUGGUGGCCUCCGUUCAGAGUGGCAGUUCUACACGAAACUGGCUCCUACACCCACAGAAAGGAGAAACUAAUUCGAGAUAUUGCUCAUUGUCAUGGAAUUUUGAUCACUUCUUACUCCUACAUCCGACUGAGGCAAGAUGAUAUUAGUAGGCAUGACUGGCACUACGUGAUCUUGGAUGAGGGACACAAAAUUCGAAAUCCAAAUGCUGCCAUCACCCUUGCUUGCAAACAGUUCCGCACCCCUCAUCGCAUCAUCUUGUCUGGCUCUCCGAUGCAGAAUAACCUCCGUGAGCUGUGGUCGCUCUUUGACUUUGUCUUCCCAGGGAAGUUGGGCACGUUACCUGUGUUUAUGGAGCAGUUCUCGGUCCCCAUCACCAUGGGGGGAUAUUCAAAUGCCUCCCCAGUACAGGUUAAAACUGCUUAUAAGUGUGCGUGUGUCUUACGAGAUACCAUAAAUCCAUACCUUCUGCGGAGAAUGAAGUCAGAUGUCAAGAUGAGUCUUUCUUUACCGGAUAAAAAUGAGCAGGUCUUAUUUUGCCGUCUUACAGAUGAGCAACAUAAAGUCUACCAAAAUUUCAUUGAUUCCAAAGAAGUUUACAGAAUUCUCAAUGGAGAGAUGCAGGUUUUCUCUGGCCUGAUCGCCCUGAGGAAAAUCUGCAACCACCCUGACCUCUUUUCCGGAGGCCCCAAGACUACCAGAGGCAUUUCCGAUAAUGAACCAGAGGAAGACCAGUUUGGACACUGGAGACGUUCUGGGAAGAUGAUCGUUGUCGAGUCCUUGUUGAAGAUAUGGCACAAGCAGGGCCAACGAGUACUGCUGUUUUCCCAGUCAAGGCAGAUGUUGGACAUACUUGAAGUCUUUCUUAGAGCCCAGAAGUAUUCCUAUCUCAAAAUGGAUGGUACCACGACCAUAGCUUCAAGACAGCCGCUGAUCACAAGAUACAAUGAGGACACGUCCAUAUUUGUGUUCCUUCUGACCACUCGAGUGGGUGGCCUAGGAGUCAACCUGACAGGGGCCAACAGAGUCAUCAUCUACGACCCCGACUGGAACCCAAGCACCGACACGCAGGCCCGGGAGCGCGCGUGGAGGAUCGGCCAGAGGAAGCAGGUGACGGUGUACCGGCUCCUCACUGCGGGCACCAUUGAGGAGAAGAUCUACCACCGACAAAUCUUCAAGCAGUUUCUGACAAAUAGAGUGUUAAAGGAUCCGAAGCAACGGCGGUUCUUCAAGUCCAAUGACCUGUAUGAGCUGUUCACUCUGACUAGUCCUGAUGCAUCCCAGGGCACGGAAACAAGUGCUAUUUUUGCAGGAACUGGCUCAGAAGUUCAGACACCCAAACGCCAUUUAAAAAGAAAACUUCAGCUGGCCUUUGGAACAGACCAUAACAUUCCAAUAGGCAAAAUGUUCCCUGAUUCUGAUGCAUCCGCCAGCGAUGGCACAGCAUCAGCAGAGAAAUCCGCAGCUGUAGGAGCUGCAGUAAAUGCAGCACCUUCUAAUCAAGGUGACCCUGUGCGAGAGGCCCCUCGGACACCUGGCACUGGAGCUCGUGGUGACAGACUUGCUGAGGAGACAGACGCAGUGAUUAGACUGGAGGACUGGCCAGUGCCGAGUGCAGAGGGGCAGUGUUCAUGUUCUCCAGGAAUCAGUGACACGGGCAGGACAUCUGGUGGGGAAAGGAUCGGUGAAAAGCAAGGUCUUUCUGAUAAAAGAGAAAGCUGCCAGGUCCAAACUGAACCUCUUUGUGAGAAUGGACAAAUGGACAAUAACUUCUGUAAGCACAAGUCGAAAACAAAACAUAGUGUGGCAGAAGAAGAGACCCCGGAGACACUUUUGAGGCCAAAGCAAAAGCCCAAGAGCUCCAAGUGCCAUAGAGACGCCAAGUUUGAAGGAACUCGAAUUCCACACCUUGUGAAGAAAAGAAAGUACCGGAAGCAGGACAGUGAAAACGAGCAGGAGAGCAAGCAGCAGAACAAUGAUGACUAUGUUUUAGAAAAGCUUUUCAAAAAAUCAGUUGGCGUGCACAGUGUCAUGAAGCACGAUGCCAUCAUGGAUGGAGCCAGCCCCGAUUAUGUGCUGGUCGAGGCAGAGGCCAACCGAGUGGCCCAGGACGCCCUGAAGGCACUGAGGCUCUCUCGGCAGAGAUGUCUGGGAGUGGCGUCUGGUGUUCCCACCUGGACCGGCCACAGGGGGGUUUCUGGUGCACCAGCGGGAACAAAGAGUAGAUUUGGUCAGAAAAGAAACUCCAGCUUCUCUGUGCAGCAUCCUUCUUCGGCGUCCCCCAAGCAGAAACGCCAGGACAGCAUCGUGAAAAAGGAUGGAAAAGAUCACAUUUCUGAGCAUUUUAGUGGAAACGUGGAAGCUGUAGAGUCCUCAUCCGGGGCCCUCGCUUCGUCCUCACUGUUGGCUAAAAUGAGAGCCAGAAACCACCUGAUUUUGCCAGAGCGGCUGGAAAGUGAAAACGUGCACCCUCCCGAGGCUUGCGCCCCGCCGCCCUCCAGCGCGGAGCACGAUGACCUCCUAGUGGAAAUGAGGAACUUCAUCGCCUUUCAGGCCCGCGUGGACGGCCAGGCCAGCACGCAGGAGAUUCUGCAGGAGUUCGAGUCCAAGUUAACAGUUUCCCAGUCUUGUGUCUUUCGAGAACUGUUGAGAAACCUCUGCACUUUUCAUAGAACUUCUGGUGGGGAAGGAAUUUGGAAACUCAAGCCAGAAUACUGCUGAUUAACAUUAAUUUCUAAACUUUUAAUUGACUUUCCAGUGGCAAUUUCCAAGAAUUAUGAUUAGGGCUCAUGUCUGUCAGCAGAGGUUGGCUGCAUUUGAUGUUUACUUUGAAUGAUAGCUACCUCAUAAUUAAAACUUUAAGGAAGAAGAAAUUCUUUGGGACUUAAAAGUUUUAUAAACACAUGGGUUGAUUUUUUUGAUGCUCUGAAUUAUGUUAUAAAACCAGGGGCCUGACAGUCCUAGGACACAUUUGUUCCUUUUCCCAAAAGCCGCUUUCCCGGAGACACUACUGCUCAUUGAGAAGUCUGUGGACUUCAGUCCCGGAGACGCUACUGCUCAUUGAGAAGUCUGUGGACUUCAGUCCCGGAGACACUACUGCUCAUUGAGAAGUCUGUGGACUUCAGUCCCGGAGACGCUACUGCUCAUUGAGAAGUCUGUGGACUUCAGUCCUGGAGACGCUACUGCUCAUUGAGAAGUCUGUGGACUUAAGUCCCGGAGACGCUACUGCUCAUUGAGAAGUCUGCGGACCCGGAAUUGCAACAAUUCUUUUUAUUGCACUAAAACAUGUCUUUUAUUCAGUGAGACCUGUUCAAUAAAUUAAUUCAGCAAUAUCUGACAACA